CCCACCACGGGCAGCUUUCGAGCAACACACCACACCACAAUGUCCAUCGACUUUCCCAAGGAGGAAGAGCGCGUUCUCGCGCGAUGGAAGGAGAUUGAUGCAUUUAUGCGACAGGUUGAGCUGUCCAAAGGAAAGCAGCCGUACACCUUCUACGAUGGCCCACCAUUUGCCACCGGACUCCCCCAUUAUGGCCAUCUCUUGGCGUCAACCAUCAAAGACAUCAUCCCUCGGUACUGGUCGAUGAAGGGCCGCUAUGUCGAGCGGCGAUUUGGCUGGGACACGCAUGGCGUGCCCAUUGAGUACGAGAUUGACAAGGAGCUGGGUAUGUCUGGUCGCGACGCUGUGCGCGAGUUGGGUAUUGCGAAGUACAACGAGAAAUGCCGGGCCAUCGUCAUGCGUUAUUCGGGUGAGUGGCGGCACACAAUUGAGCGCUUGGGUCGCUGGAUCGACUUCGACAACGACUACAAGACACUGGACACGAGCUUCAUGGAGUCAGAAUGGUGGGUCUUCAAGCGCCUCUUCGAGAAGAACGCCGUGUACCGCGGCUUCAAGGUCAUGCCCUACAGCACCGCCCUGGCAACACCACUCAGCAAUUUCGAGGCGUCGCAAAACUACAAAGACGUCCAGGACCCCGCCGUCGUCGUCUCUUUCCCGCUGGUCGAAGAUCCCAACACACAGCUUUUAGCCUGGACAACAACACCCUGGACACUGCCCUCCAACACGGGCCUCUGCGCGCAUCCUGACUUCGAGUAUGUCAAGAUUCUCGAUGAACCCUCGGGCAAGCACUACAUCCUCCUCGAAGCGCUUCUGAAGACACUGUACAAGGACCCCAAGAAGGCCAAAUUCAAGAUUGUGCAGAAGCUCAAGGGCAAGGACCUGCUUGGACUGAAAUACGAGCCCCUCUUCGACUACCUCUACGACGAGUUCAAGGACUUCGGCUUCAAGGUCCUCAACGACACAUACGUCACAGCAGACAGCGGUGUGGGCAUCGUCCAUCAGGCUCCUGCAUACGGUGAGGACGAUUACCGAGUCGCCCACGCAGCUGGCGUCAUCAGCGACUCUCGGCCACCGCCCAACCCCGUCGAUGAUGCAGGAUGCUUCACAUCCGUCGUUCGCGAUUUCGAGGGCCAGCAUGUCAAGGCGGCGGACAGGAACAUCAUCAAGCACCUGAAAGGCACAGGGCGGCUCGUGGUGGACUCGCAGCUGACGCAUAGCUAUCCUUACUGCUGGCGAUCUGAUACGCCUUUGAUCUACCGGACAGUACCGUCUUGGUUUAUCAAGGUCCAGGACAUCAUCCCACAAAUGCUGGAGAACAUUGCGGGCUCACACUGGGUACCUUCGUUUGUCAAAGAGAAGCGCUUCGCAAACUGGAUCACAAACUCGCAUGACUGGGCAGUAUCGCGAAAUCGAUUCUGGGGUACUCCAUUACCUCUCUGGGUUAGUGACGAUGGCAAGGAGAUUGUGUGCAUUGGCAGUGUCCAGGAACUAAGGGAACUCAGUGGCUACGAGGGUGACCUAGAUGAUAUUCACCGAGACAAGGUUGACCAUAUCACCAUCCCCAGCAAGCAGGGCAGGGGCAUCUUGCGACGAACACCAGAGGUAUUCGACUGCUGGUUCGAGUCGGGGUCCAUGCCGUACGCGAGCUGCCACUACCCAUUCGAAAAUGUGGAACAGUUCGAGAAGUCCUUCCCCGGUGACUUCAUCGCUGAGGGCCUUGAUCAGACUCGUGGCUGGUUCUACACUCUGACAGUUCUCGGAACACAUCUUUUCGGGAAACUGCCCUUCCAGAACUGCGUUGUCAACGGUAUUGUACUUGCCGAAGACGGCAAAAAGAUGUCGAAGCGCCUGAAGAACUACCCGGACCCGUCUCUCGUUAUGGACAGCUAUGGUUCCGACGCUCUGCGACUGUACCUCAUCAACUCGCCAGUCGUCCGUGCCGAGCCGCUUCGCUUCAAGGAAGCGGGAGUGAAGGAGAUUGUUUCCAAGGUCUUGCUUCCUCUCUGGAAUAGCUACCAGUUCUUCGAGCAGCAGGUUUCGCUGGUGAAGAAGGUAGCAGAUCUCGACUUUGUGUUUGACGCAGAGGCCGGAAAGACGAACAAGAACGUGUUUGACCGAUGGAUUCUGGCGUCUUGUCAGUCACUUCUCAAGUUUGUCAAUGCGGAAAUGGAAGCAUACAGACUGUACACUGUGGUGCCCCGACUAUUGGAGCUUAUCGACAACACAACGAACUGGUACAUUCGUUUCAACCGCCGGCGGUUGAAGGGUGAGCACGGGUUGGAGGACACAAAACAUGCGCUCAACACCCUAUUCGAGGUCCUCUACACACUCUGCCGCGGUCUUGCUCCGUUCACACCGUUCAUUACCGAGAACAUCUAUCUGCGACUGCUACCACAUAUUCCCAAGGAGCUUCAGGCAGAGGACAACCGCAGUGUCCACUUCCUGCCGUUCCCCGAGGUGCGCGAGGAGCUGUUUGAUGAAGUUGUUGAGCGACAGGUCAGGCGCAUGCAAUCGGUCAUUGAGCUCGGUCGAAUCUGCCGAGACCGCGCCAAUAAGGGCCUGAAGAUUCCUCUGAAGGCGCUGGUUGUCAUCCACCCGGAGCAGCAGUACCUCGACGACAUCAAGUCCCUGGAAAACUACAUCUGCGAGGAACUGAAUGUGCGAGACUUGGUACUUUCAAGCGACGAGGACAAGUACAAUGUGCAAUACUCAGCAUCAGCGGAUUUCUCAGUGCUAGGCAAGAAGCUGAAGAAGGAUGCUAUCAAGGUCAAGAAGGCGCUACCCAACCUCAAGAGCCAGGAUAUCAAGGAUUUCUUGAAGAACGGGGAACUGCUCAUCGACGGUAUUCGCGUUGAAUCGGAGGAUCUCAUGGUCAAGAGGGGACUCGCCAAGGACGAUGCCAACAAAGACCAGGAGUUCAACACAGACAACGACGUCCUCAUCAUCUUGGAUGUGGCCAGCUACCCCGAGCUCGAGCAGGAAGGUUUGGCGAGAGAAGUCAUCCGCCGCGUACAGGACUUGCGCAAGAAGGCUGGCCUUGUGGCUACGGACGAUGUGGGCAUGCAGUACAAGGUGCUAAGUGAUCCAGACAGCGUUGGGUUGGAGGCGGCGUUUGAGAAGCAGGGCCCGCUGUUUGAGAAGGCGCUGCGGAGGAACAUCGACAAGCAUACCGUUACGGAAGUGGAGGGCAAGAUUCAAGAGAAGAGUGGCGAGACGGCUAUCGUUGAGGAGGAACAGGAACUGCACAAGGCGACGUUCUUGCUGAGGCUUGUCAAGUUGUAGAUGAUAUGAAGUGGGAGAGUUGAAUGUCGUCCAUAUCACGUCAAGCUGGCGGUUUAUUUCGGCGUAACGAGUGAGGCGAAAAGUGACAUGGGAGAUGAGAUGAAUGAAAGAUAUCAGAUUCAAACAAAAGU